AAGCUUUUAAUAAAGUUACAAGUCUUUGAAAAUGAAGACACUAACCUCUGGGAAGAAACCACUUUCCAAGAAAAUAAUGAGGACAUACCUGUUGACAUAUUACAUGAUGAAUGCUUAUCAGACACGUCGAAUUCACUUGAACAUGAAAGCCUGUUGGGAUUUGAUAAACAUCUCACAAAAAUUCAUAAAGACAAUAUGCUAUCUAAAGAACAAAGAGCAGCAAUUCUUAAGCAAGAACCAAGAAACUUCAAUAUUAAAUACUUAUUACUAACUAUGAACAAAAGAAUAUGGAAGUUACUAUCCCCUCAAUCUAGGGAAUCAGAUAAAGUCAUAGCAAAAAUAUCGUAUAGGACAUCAGCAGUACUUUGCUUACUGGAUAAUGUACUUAGAGCAUUAUAUCAAUCAAAACCCCCUAACAGUGACUAUUCAGUAUUGCAAGCAUGGGAAGAUAUUGAAACAUCGUUUACUAACACGCAGACUUUAUUAUUUGAUACAUUACUGCAUUAUCUUUUAUUAAUGACUCGAGAUGGCAACAGAGAAGACCUUAAAGAUUUGGUUGAAAGGGAGAAUGCCACGAAUAAUUUUAUUAACAAGGCUUUUAGAAACAAGGCUCAUGCUUUAAAUCGAAGCAACACUAAACCUUUAACAACAAUAAUAAUCAGGAAAACAGACAAUAGAGUGCUCAGACAAGUACAUCUGGGCACCAGGCACAGAAUUCUUAGUAACCCAGAACAAAAUCAUAGUUGGAGGAAGGUUAGCACAACAUAUGCAUGUAUGGAAGGAGAUAUUUGGAUAUUCAUAGCAAAAAGACAAGAUAACGAAAUAAUUGAACAAAAAAUACAGAUGAUAAUUCAAAAAGGGCAAAAUAAUGGAUAUCUGCAAAGAAUACAAGAUAGUACUCAAAAGACAACAUAUUCACAUAAGAAAACUCUUGUUAAAAGACAAAAAUAUGGUGCUAAAAAAGAAUGGUUGGGAUUCUUUUCUUACCUUAACUCCAGAGAACCAGUUACAACUAAAAUGGUGGAUCAAGUACCUUUCAGACUAGAACAGAAAACUGCACAUAAACAUGCUAGAAUUAAUAGCGAUUCACUAUGCCUUCAAGGCUUUCAAGAAUCUAAAGGAUCAAAUGGUGAUAAUCAAUGCCUUGCUUCUGAAAUAUUUCUCCAGGUUUUCAAAUCUGAAUUGUCAGGCAGUAGAUGCCUUGGCACAAUGUUGGAUGACUCUAAUAGGUUGAGCGAAUUCACCAUAAAUAAUGAUACACAAAAUCUUGUCCAAGGUCAUCUGCAACAAAGCAACUAUAGCUCUAGUAAUACCGUAUUGGCUAUUGGCAACAUAGUUUUCAAUACUAUUGGACUUAUUGAUAGAUUUGCCAAUCCUGUUGAUAGACACAAAACCAUUUCUACUAGGAUAGAUCAGCAAUCUACAACCAGUUCGCAAUCACAAGUGGAAUGUGUUCAUUUGUCUUAUCUCCAGAAAAACUUCAAAAAGAAAGGUUUUUCAGAUAAAGCUGUUAAACUGUUAGAAGAAGUAACUAUAAAACAUCCAAUGCUACAAUCAGUUUCUCGCUUAAGAGGUAGUUGGUUUGGUGCGAUAAAAUGA